AUGCGCGCAAUCCGAGAAAAGAAACGACAGCUAGCAGUUCAGCCAGCCCCAGGUCCGUUUAAGCUAACACAUCGAUCCCAUGACGCUCAACCGCCGAUAAAGGAAGAGAUUGGAGAAGCCGUGGGCGAUGCUCUGCAUACACAUCCUGGGCUGGAAUGGGUUCCAGUCAUCAAACAAGAAGUGGCUCCUCUCGCCAACCCCUACGAACCUACCCAUAGCCUACUUGAGAGACGCCCGGUCAUCAAGCAAGAAGACGAGGAAGAAGACGGAAAUACUGCGGAAGUUGGACAUGACAUCGAACGCCCUACGCCCUACGAUAGACUUGUCUCCGCUUAUGACAAACCGGAAAACAGCGAUAUCAGAAGCAUCCUCGCCGCGUUGCACCGCAUAAGCGAGCCGUCGCACCUGUCUAGAACGCAAGCGAAGAAAUUCCGCCAGAAGAAGCAGCGAGGCUUAGAUCUUCUCAAAGAAGUCAUGGCCCAAGGGCGGACUGAGCCAGGACUGCCACGGACAUCUUAUCUCACAACGAGCGCAGCGGAGAAUGCCGUUAAAGCGGAAGCUGAAGUCGUCGAAGAGCUUUGCAGAUCAUCUGGCACGGUGACACCCGCAGAGCAUGCUCGCUCGUUGCUCCUUCACCCAGAAGACAUAACAAUGGCAGACGUGCAAGCACUCGGUCAACAUGUCAAGCACAUAAACAAAGCGCAGAUGAAAGUAUCAAAACUUCUUGAAAUUGGUGAAACGAGACAAGCAGGGACAAAGAUGCACAGAUGGCUUGAAAACGGAGUGCAGAAGCAUCUUCAGAUGCUACACGCUCAAGCACAUCAGUUCGGACCUGACCGCCCGCUUGAGAGCAAGCCGGACCAAGAGGCUUCUGGAUCUGCAUUGCGCGGGGUUGUGCUCGGUAAACGCUCGGCGACACCGUCUCAACCAUUCCACAAUCGAGGCUAUACUGAGAGGUUUCCGCCCGAACCGAACUCUGAGAUUGGGAACAGUGUUGCUGAAGAUGCGGAUCCGGCCCUAAUCGCGAUGUGGAAGAUCGUACCCGAGCUCCAGAAGGAUGCUAUGCUGGACAUCGAGACACAGAUUGUCUUUCCAACCGUCGCCGAAUACUUGAAUGUCGUCAAGCGACGCAAACUGGGCACAUUUGCGACGGAGCAUGAUACGAGCAUCAAUAGCCAACCACAGCAGUCCCAUGACGACACUGUUUCUCGGGUACUUCCCGGCCCUAGCGCCUCAUCUUCGUCUCUCACGAACCUCCGUAUCGAAGGAUUCUUGAUGGGGAUCAGAAACGGUGUCAUGACUGAAGAGAAAGUGCCGAGCCAAUUCUCGAUCAACACCAAGACGGAGAAUUGCGACACCGCCGUCCACGGUUCUGUGCGUACCGACGCCUAUGCCACCAUCUUCAAAGCCCUCAGCGCCCUGCUCUUACUUGACCGUGAUAUGACCAAGGUGGAAGAAAGCAAGGCGAAUGGUUCAAAAGGCAGAUGGACGUGCUUGUUCAAGAAAGCGAUGAACGAGAUGUGCAAAUGGCCGGCUGAAGGUGAAGCAGGACAGUACGCAUGCGACUGGUGUAUGAGACGUCGCCGUCCUUGCGUCAUCGCCAUCAAGGGUGUCUUCUCAGUUGCCCCGUUGGCUCCUAGUUUGAGGAUGGGUCGUGGGCUGGGUGACAGGGAGUACUGCGUGUUGCCCGAAGGGGCUGUGUACGUGAAGCCAAAGUUCUUCUUGUAA